GUGCCUGUGCGUGUACGCGUGUGCAUGCUCGGCGUGCGUAUGCGUGUGUGUCUUUUGGUGCGUGGAUAGCCACGGGAGAGAGGACACGCUGUUCCAUCCAUCAAAAUGCCCGCAUUGUGUUUUCACACGGCGGAGCGGCGAGCAGGGCCUGUGAAGCAGAGGACAUACAGGCCCGAUCAGCGCCAGGCAGCUGCUGGGAUCAAUAAGGGGUUGAUGCGGGGUGGGGGGCUCUGCGCGUCCUGAGAGCCGCCGUGGGCUCCGCUGGCUGGCCGCUGAUAGCGGGGCCUGUCCAGAUCCGGCGGGGCCGUGUUUUUCUGCUCGGAUAUUUCGUUGGGAUGCCGUGUUGAUAGAGAAGCCAAUGUAAACUCAGCUGCCUCCCAGCUCUGUUCUCAUUACACGCCUAUUGUUGUCCUGCCGCCUGCUUCCCCUCAGCUCGUCUUCUCCAACCUCUCACAUUAGUGUUCAGAGAGAGUCCUGUCUGCACACCGCCGGUCAGUUUUCUCCUGUGUUGGUGUCUUCUGAUGGAUGAAUAUGUCCACUACUAAUAAUAUCGCCCAGGCCAGGAAACUGGUGGAGCAGCUGAGGAUCGAGGCAGGAAUUGAACGCAUUAAGGUGUCUAAAGCGGCGGCGGACCUGAUGAGUUACUGUGAGCAGCACGCUCGAAGCGACCCCCUGCUGGUUGGCGUGCCCACCUCUGAAAACCCUUUCAAGGACAAGAAGCCUUGCAUCAUCCUAUAGCUUCAUACGUGCUUUUUUUUUUUUUUUUGCCCUCACACACACACACACAUACACGCCCGCACACAUGCACACAACAGAUUCUCCUAUUCACAUAGGCUCACACAUAAAAGUUGACUUUUGCUAUCAAAAUAGGUCCCCAACCAUCCUCAGACGCUGAGAAACCCCAGCUGGCGUUUGGGGGUUACACACACAGUCGCUCCAAAUUUAGCCACUCUGAAACAGUGCCACAAUCCAGAACCACCACUAGGGGGCAGGUAUCUUGUCCUUAUAGCUUCUGAGAUGAGUUAAGCAUAGAGUAUGGUCCAAAGUGCUUUGGUAUUAUUCCCAUAUGCUGGUGAAUUAACAACCGCUUAACUUGAAAAGUUAUUUCUGACAUUUAACAAUUGGUAGGAGGCCCGCUACUUCUCCGUCGCCGGUCAUGAAACGAGGUGUCGGGUAAAUGAUGGGCAGCUGCUGCACAGGCAGGCAGUGGGAAGAAGCAUGUGGGCAACACAAAUAAGUGGUGGACGCCAGUCCGACCGUGCCAAACACGAGCCAGUGUCGCAGCGAAAAGCUCAAUAAAUGCUUAAUCUUCUGCGGGAACUUUAAGAUUAAUAAAAAAAAAGACAAUCCGUGAGCUUUGUCUUUAGCUAGAGUCUUUGCUUUGGUCAGACCACAGCAUGUUCCCUCUCGAAUCCGUAUCAACAGACCUCUUCUCCACCUGCGGCCUCUCUGCGGCUGCCUCCAGCCUUUUUGGGCCAAGCCUCCAGCUGUGCCAACCUGUACAAAAACCCCCACCUGUCUCUAGAUGCUGAUCCGCUGUCGCUGGUUCCACUGCGGCUCGAGAUAGCUGCUGCCGUUGGUUCAGGGUCGAUGUCUUAGCCGACCUCAGAUCUGGACCAACCAGAGGAACUCAGCGAACAGCUCAACAAAGAACUCAAGCUAUUAACCGUGGACGUUUACUGCUUUUUGUUUUGUUUUGUUUUGGGGGGUUUUCUUAAGAAAUACUUAAUGUAUGUUUAGGUAUUUUGUUGAAGCAUUGCUUAACAUUUAAGACAAUAUUGUACUUUUUUUUGUUGUUGUUUUACCUUAACGGGAAGGAGGCGUUACCAAUGGCCGACCUGGUUUGGAUCUGGGGUCUCACCUCAUAAGAUCUUAGAGUCUCUACUGUACAUCAAACCUUCGUGUGCUUUACUUUAAGUGGGAGCGAGGCCACAGACUGACCACUCUGGAGAAUCCAUCUGCAACAACGGAGAAAGUUCAAACUUUAACAUUUUCUCUGUUUUCAGCUCAUAUUUGUUGUUACACAUAAAGAUACAUGUAGGGAGUCUUUCAGAAAGAUUGAUUGAACAAUCUGACGCCUACAGUGACUUCAAAUCCGGUCUAAACGGCAGAAUAAAUUCAUUUCACGCGAGUUCACCACAAUCCAGAGAUCGGCUCUUGGAUUCCCCCUUUCUGUGUCCUCUGCUCCUCCACCACACUCCUCCAAUCUAACAAAACCAAACUUGAUUGUAAAACCUGAAAACGAAGAGGGAAGAAAAUGGCAUUAAGAGAAACAAACUAAGUGUAAAAACUUUCUUUUAGACGUGCAGAAGUGAUAAGUUGAAGAGUAGUUGUCUUGGCUUUUUAUUUUUUAUGUGACCUUCUUUCUAUGGAGUCCAUGAAAGCCGAUCAGUUGAGUAUUAUUACCCUGUACAGUGUUUGUAAGAUACAGAAUCUAAACACAGAACUACCCUGGUCUGUGGAUGUUGGAAUUUUUAACACUGAAUCCCUGUUGUCCGUCAAAGAUCAUGUCCGUCUUCUCAUUUUUCUUUCAGUUUUUAAAGGCUUGCGUUAGCGGAGGUUAGUUUUAGCCAUAGUUAAAAACGCAGCAGUCAGGAUUUUAACAAAUAAAAACAAAAAUGUUGCAAGGUUAAAGAUGGAGUCUGUAAGGGGGAUUAAUCAACAUCAGACCUCAUUGCAGUGGCCAACAAAUCAACCUCCUGAGCCUUCCUUUAAUAUCAAUGCUGCCGUUUUUGUUUGGUCUUUAGUGGCACAUUUUUGGGGCAACAAGCAACACAAAUGUCAUACAUCUGUAAUUUCAGAGGAGUGAUACUAAACGGAUUGAAACUGGACUUGAUGCAAAUUUAAGCGAAGCUUUUCAAAAAUGGAGUGGUUUGAUCUGCACGGCAUUACGAUUUUAGUCGAGAGUAGGGCACAGUUACAGAGCAUGAUUGUUUUAAUUGUUGCUCCUCUGUUGUGACGCUGACCUUUGAAGGUUAUGAGAGGUUCUCCUGGUCCAUGCUUCCUCAUGCGUGUCUUGUACAUCAGUGUUGCACAGAUCAGCUUUUAAAACAGACUAUGCUGAAAGGACCCAGAUUGUGUUGGAUUAUGUUUGUGUAUUUGCUCACACUGAACGCUAAAAUCACCA